AUGGGUCGCGGACGCGAUAGCCGACAGGCAUGGGACGAACCCGACCGACGAAGUCAUCGCGGCGGCGGCGGCGGCCCUAGAGACCGCGACGGUAGACGGGACGAUCGCGAUAGUAGGGACGACCGCGAUAGGAGAUACAGAUCCAGAUCGCGCGACCGACGCGACAACAGAGACCACCGCCCCAGAUCCAGAGACCGUGAGAGGGAUCGUCCGCGCGACGAGCGCGAUGGAGGAAGACCGCCUCGCAGAGAGCGUGGUGGGUGGCAGGGCAGAGACGAUAGACGUCGCAGAGAUGAAGACUUGCCCGACGAGAGGCCGCCUAGGCGGGCUGACGAUGACGAGGGUCGCAACACCCCACGCGACAAAGCCCGCAGACGAUCUGCCUCUCCCGGCCGAAGCGGCAGCCCGCCCCCUGCCCGCCGCGACCCUGCUAGCUACACCGAGUCCCUACCCACACGCACAGCGCCCAGAGGAAAGAAGGAGCAGCACACCAUGUCCUUCAAGGUCGGACGUCACGAGUCGCCCCAGGUCGACAGCGGACGCAACAGUGAGCGCGGCGACACGCCGAUGACGAACGCAGGACGGGACGACCGCCGCGAGGCUGCCGACGACGACGAUGAGCCCGAGCCUGAGGUCGAGGACGACGACAUGGCGGCUAUGCAGGCGAUGUUGGGCUUCGGCGGUUUCGGCACGACCAAGAACCAGAAGAUUGCUGGGAACAACGUCGGCGCCGUGAGGAAGGAAAAGAAGACGGAGUAUCGGCAGUAUAUGAACCGGCAGGGCGGAUUCAACAGACCGCUCAGUCCUUCUAGGUGA